AUUCAGCAGGACUUUGGAGUAGGCGUGGAUCGGGAUGUGUCAAAAGCUACCCUCCUCAACCUGGGUCCGUGAGCCCGGAGUGGGCGGGGUCCCGGGACUGCGUUCUUGCUGGUGUCGCGCUUCAGGUGUCGUGCCCGGAGCGCAUCCGGCGCAUCCAGGGGGGUGCCAGUGCGCGCCAAGUGGUGGACACCCAGAUCUCUGUCUUCACCCAAAGGCUGCAGAAAAUGACCAAGUCCCAGGGACCAGUAUCAUUCAAGGACGUGGCUGUGGAUUUCACCCAGGAGGAGUGGCAGUAUCUGGACCUUCCCCAGAGGGAUCUAUACAGGGAUGUGAUGCUAGAGAACUAUAUCAACCUCAUCUCAGUGGGAUAUCAAACCACAAAGCCAUCUGUGAUCCACAAGUUGGAACAAGGUGAAGAACCAUGGAUGGUGGAGAGAGAAAUCCCAAAUUGGAACUAUGCAGAAGAAGUCUGGCAACUUGAUAACCCCUUGGAAAGACACCAAGAGAACCAAGAAACAUUUUUGAAACAUGUUGCAUUCAUUGACCAGGAAACUGUGACUGGGGAAAAGGGCAACAAAUGUCAUGCACUUAGAAAUAUAUUUCCUCUGAGCACAGACUUUGUUUCUUCCAAACAAAGACUCCAAAAAUAUGCCUCCUAUGGUAGGAGUUUGAAUUAUUUAGGCUCAUUUAGUGGUAACAGAAGAAAGAAUGAAUGUAGCGAAUGUGGGAAAGCCUUCUUCCAGAAGUCAGACCUCAUUAUACAUAAGAGAACUCAUACAGGAGAAAAGCCCUUUGUGUGUACGGAGUGUGGAAAGGCCUUCAGCAAGAAGUCCAACCUUGUUAUCCAUCUGAGGAUCCAUACUCAAGAGAAACCUUACGAGUGUACUGAAUGUAGAAAAUCUUUCGCCCAUAAGUCACACCUCAUCGAACAUCAGAGAAUCCACACUGGGGAGAAACCCUAUAAAUGUGGUGAGUGUGGGAAAGCCUUUUUCCAAAAAUCACACCUCAACAUUCAUCAGAGAACUCAUACUGGAGAGAAACCCUAUGGGUGCGAUGAAUGUGGGAGAGCCUUCAGCAUGAAGUCACACCUCUUUGUACAUCAGAGAAUACACACAGGAGAGAAACCUUAUGUGUGUACCAGGUGUGAGAAAGCUUUCAGUGAAGUGUCAUGCCUUAUGAGACAUCAGAAAAUCCAUACUGGGGAGAAACCUUAUGAAUGUAAUGAGUGUAAAAAAGCCUUUUCUGAGAAGUCUGACCUCAUUAUACAUCACAGAACUCACACAGGAGAAAAGCCCUACAAAUGCAAUCAAUGUGGAAAAGCCUUCAGACAUAGCUCAGCCUUCUGUCGACAUAAAAGGACUCAUCAAGAAAAAAUUCCUUAAAAGAAACUAAUACGGGAAUAUCUACAAAUAAAAGCCUCAGUAGAAAUCAAAUCUUAGUAUGUAUCAAGAAGUCAAGCCUAUUCAACAUAUUUUUAAAGUAGGUAGCUAUGUUUUUGUAGAAAUCGUAUUCCAUAUGUGAUGCCAAAGCAUUUCUCAAAGAUAUUACAGAAAGUACCCCUCGUUGAAGGAUAAACGCUCACUAUGGCCUACAAAGACCUUUGGAAUAUUAGUAAGUGGACUAGUCAGAACAAAAUUAGAAAAGCAUAUGUGGACAAUUUGCAAAGUAUGAAAGCAUUAUAGUCCUGGUUGUAUUAUAAUAUGUUAUACGCCACAUAACAUAAAUCAUGUAUUGGAAUUGUAUAUUUGAAGUUAACAUAAAUAUGAAUAUAAAAUAAGUAUUACAUGUACAAUGCCAUCUACCAAGAUCUUCCACAUUGAAUAAUACUAUUUUUCUUCUAUUUAACAGAAAAUAUAUCAUUCAAGAAGAAUUUAAAACUAAUAUUAUAUGUCAACUAUACUUCAAUUAAAAAGAUUCUAAAGUGUAAAAUUAACUUUUUUUCCUGUUCAUUGCUAGUACAUGUGUGUGUGUAUGUAUACACACAUAUAUAUGACUUCGGCUCAUUUUGAUCAAUGAAAGAAUAUGAAAAGGUGUUGUUGUUGUUCAUAUGUACAUACGACAUAGAUAUAUGAGAAUGAGCGAAAGAAAAUAGCCAUGGCUUCUUACGACAUUCACUAUGAUUUAAAUAAUUGUUUUUGGUGACUAAAUUACCCUCUUCUUACAUACUGUUAUUGUCUUCACUAAUUAAAGCCCUAAUGCCCAGUACCUUAGAGUGUGACUGUAUUUGGAGAUAGGGCCUCUAAAGCACAAUGAAGUUAAAAUGAGGCCAUUAGGCUGGCCCCUACUCCAAUCUGACUGGUGUCCUUAUAAGAAGAGGAGAUUAGGACACUAGGGAUGCAGGUGACAGAGGAAAGACCCUGUGAAGAGGCAGCAGGAGGGUAGCCUCAGAGGAAACCAACUGUGCUGGCACCUUGAUCUUGGACUCCCAGCCUCCAGAAGUGUGAGAAAAUAAAUUUCUGUUUCUUAAGCUACCCAGUUUAUGACAUUUUGUUAUGGCAGCCCUAGCCCAAGCUCUAGCCCUAAUACAUACACUACUGCUCUUUUUCACUGGAUUACUUCAUAAAGCUGAAGAUACAAAUUAUAAGUACUCCAUAACCCAACAAUAUGUUUGGGGGUUCAUUUUACUGUGCACCAUUUCCGUCUAUUUGGCAUUUCCUAAUUCACCUUGUGAUAGAAUAGUAAGAAAUACUUUAAUAAGGAUUUUACAAUUCAGAAAUGU